GCUUGAAUUCUGUAUUUUCAGACAAAUUUUAAAUCAAUUUUCAAUCAAAAAAUGGAACCUUGUCGCGAUACGAAUGAAAUGAUUUCCGAGUCUCAAAAGACAAAGCUCGCCGAAAAAUACGGAGAAGAAGAAGUACGACUGGUUGAGAGAUAUCUUCACAAUUCGGGUAAAUCGAUGAGCUUGAAGAGCUAUAAGUCCACGUUGGAGACUCGUAAAGCAAGAUGCACAACGGACGCCCAAAAAGGCGGAAUAGAACUCGAUCCCGUGAUAUGGAGAAAGAUAGGAGAAAACAAGCUCUAUUGGAUAAGAAGAAUUUAGAGCAGAAGAUGAAGGAGGAGACACACUUGAAAAGAGAGGAAGAACGGACCAAGAAAAG